UUUUAUUAUCACCAUCUCUCUGGAUCAACACAACUAUAAUGGCAGAACAAGAUCCCAACAACAGGAGCAACACGAUACCGAUCAUAGGCUCAGAGUUUGUUCGUCCUCAGCCUUCGGAUCUAACCAUCAUUGGAGACACGGUGAAGGACACGAACGGAAACAAAGUAUUCAAAGUCAAAACACCUCUCUUCGGUCUCCACAACAAGAGAAUUUUGCUUGAUCCUAAUGACUCUCCUAUAGUCACCAUGAAAAUGAAGGUGACUAGUAAGCACGAUCGAUGGCAAGUGUAUAGAGGAAGUGAUUUAGAUGAUAAGAUAUUCACGGUUAAAAGAUCAUCAUCGGUUCAACUGAAAACAAGAGUUGAAGUAUUCUUGAAACAUAACCAGACCAAAGAAGCCUCUUGUGAUUUCACUAUUAAAGGUCGGUUUAUGAAACGUGCAUGUACAAUCUAUCUUGGAGACUCCACCAAAGUCAUCGCUCAGGUGCACGAAGGAGAUGAGAGAUUAGUGGCUACAGUUUACCCUAAUGUCGAUUGCGCUUUUAUUGUUACACUUAUCUUUAUAUUUGACCUGAUUAAUAUGGCUGGGACUGGGGUCUGAUUAGUAUUUUGAGAGCAAGUGUGUUCUUCGCAUGUGUGUUUCUGUGUUAAGUGUAAUAUUGUCAUACACAUUUGUGUGUUUACAUGUAUAAAUCUCAAUCGCUAUCCGUAUAAAAAAUACAAAGA